AGGAGGAGGAGGAGGAGAGGGAGGAGGAGGAGGAGGAGGAGGAAGAAGCCUGCCGUUGCGCGACAAUGGUGCAGGGGCCCGCCGCGCGCCUUGCGCUCGCGGCGGCGCAGGUGGAGCAGGACGGCCGUCUGGAGAGGAGCCGGACGCCAGCAGUCACCACGUUGUCCAUCCACGGCGGCUCGCCGAAGGACACACUGACGCUGCCCGUGGAAACCCGGACCACAGUGUGGGACAUCAAAUUGAUGCUAGCGUUCAAGACCAAUCGCAGUCCCGAGGACAUGACGUUCGUUGUGAAGCAGGGCUGCAGCUGGAGGGUUCAGUACGACCACGAGGAGGUGGGGCGGAAGGUCGUCGUCAAAGGCAUCCGCAGUUUCCAGCGGGAGAGGUUCCAGUGGCACGCGCCCAUCGCAGUCAUCGGCUCGGGGCACGCGGGUCUCCGGCAGGCGCUGUUCUUCCUGAAGCACAACGAGCACAACUUUGUGGUCUACGACCGGAAGGCGAAGGUGGGGGGCAUGGCGUGGCAGGACUCGGCGAACGAUUCCUCGAAGCUGCAGACGGAGAUGGGCUGCUACCACCUGCAGUACGACGAGGACAAUCCCGUGCCCACCGACCUGCCGACGUGGCCCUCGCGGGCGCAGCUGCUGAGGCACUUCGAGCAGGUUGCAGAGGAAUACGGAGUCAUGAAGUACUGUAGGAUGUGCACGAAUGUCAAGGAGAUCAUCAUCGAAAACACCGCAGGCAGCCACCCAUCUGCCAAGUCGCAGGCGUGGACGGCGCAGACGUACAGACUCGUGUUGGAACCUACAGAUGGCUCCGGCGAUGGAAGAGGGGAUCACAUCGGUGCCACCGGUGAAGCUUGUUAUUCAACCGACCAUUGCGGAGUCAUCGUGUACCCAGGGAACUUAGCAAUCCCUCGCAGAGAGGUCUAUGCUGGUGAAGAUCUGUUUGGCUGCCCAAUAGCCUAUGGAAUUUGGAAUGAUUUUGAUUACAAACAGGUUGAUGGUAAGGAUAUCUGCAUCGUCGGUCAUGGUGCUUUCGCUCUUGAGAAUAUACGUACUUGUUUGGAGUACAAUGCUCGCAAAAUCUAUUUGGUCUGUCGCAAGAAAAAUCUUGCAAUGCCCAGGGUGACCUCGUGGCUCAUAAAUCAGUCCCAGCCACACCUGAGCACAACGCUGUGCCUGGACUCCAUGAAGCCAAUGUACCAGCUCGCCGCGGACCGCUCUGGAGACGCCUCGUUUGACCCUUGGGUAUACCAUUCUGUGCAUGCGAACAAGGACCGCACUCACGUGACGAUCAGUCAGAAGGCCCGCUUCGGUAUUGGUGACAUGUAUUUUCUUGCUAUCGCCAUGGGGGUAUGCGAGGUCGUGCUGGGCAAGAUCAAGCGCCUCACCCCAGGGUGCGUGCACUUGGAAAGUGGAAGGGAGUUCCAGGCACAGGGGCUUCUGAAGCUCUUAGGUUUUUACGGCAAUUUCGAUAUCGACCGCCUGGUGCAGAUCAAGACCAUGCACGGUUGGUGGGCCAACGAGGAUUUCCGGCGUUGCGUGAUCUCCGAGGCCACCGGCGUCGACGCCAGCAAUUUCGGAGGCACCAGUUUCUCCCCUUCCCUCCGAUCUUGGGUCGAGCAGGCCGCCGUGUUCUUCUGGUUCCCGUCCGACUGGCAGAAGGUGGUCGAGUCCGGCAUGCUGCCCACGCACUCGGCGGACCCGGAGGCGAACGUGCCCGCGUACGUCGUCGACGCCCGCCACGGCACCACGACCUUCGUGGUACUGGAGAGCAUGAUCCCCUUCUUGAUGGAGAGCUCCUCGGUCCGCGGGCUCCUGAAACGGCGGAAGCAGCUCGAGUGCCACCCGCUGCGGACCUUUGUCGAGGAGGCCCGGGCCGAGUGGGAGCAGUACGCGGAGCAGCUCCGGGAGCGCGCGCCACUGCCGCCCCCCAGGUACCCCUACGACUGCGACAGCGUGCAGGCCCUCGUGGACCGGGGAGACGCCGAGGCCGCCGCCGCGGCGGCGCGCCCCUGAGGCGCGUAGGCGGGGGGGCACGGGCCGCCCGUGCGCGGCCCCCUUGGGGGCUGCUGCCGCGCCCAGUCCUCCCGCGCCCCGGGGUCCGGGGUCCUCCCCUGCGUUGGGCGUUGCGUCAUGCCACGCCCAACUGCGCGUUUCGGGCAGGGUUGCGUCGGGCCUGUCCCUCCAUAGGGGGGCUGUUCAAACAUAGUUCAAGAGGAGGAGGAGCACCCCGCCCCUCUUGCUGCGCGCCGCCGGCCGGCGCCUCGCCUGGCAGCCGUCUCCUGGGUGGGCGCAGGCUCUGCGCCCUGCGGCCCUCCUCUGGCGGGGCCCGAAUGCCGGGGCGGUCGGUCCCUGCUCGAUUCGAGAGCUGUGUGCCUCCGCGUGCUCCGUGCACGCCCCCGCGCGGGGUGCGCACAGCGCGCGCGCGGCGUCGGAGGCCCGGGCCCGUGCCGCCUGCUGUGUUUUUUCCCGUGUUUUUUUUCCUCCGUCCUGGUGUCGCCGCGACCACACGGGUCGACUAGACGUAAGAGUGACCUUUCGCCGGAGUGACCUAUGGUUCGCGCAUCACUCUCACCCAGGGUCACUCUUGCC